AAACACAUUCUUUCUCGGGAAAAUCAAGUAUGUCGUCUUCUUCAGGCAAUCGAAGCAACAACAACGGAGCUUCUUCCUCUCACCCUCCUCCUCCCAUCACUUCAUCUCGUCUCUACAUCGCGAACAAAGCCAAAGAGAUCCUCGCGACACGCGACGCCACAGGAAUCACCAGACUCGUCACGAACCUCUGCUACGCGAAAGAAUCAGACGAAUCCUCGAGCCUUCUCUACAAAACCUUCAAGAAGCAUUUCCCGAAUCUCUUAGCCGUCAAACUCAUCCACGCGUACAGAUUCAUCACGACGACGUUCCCCUCCUCCUCUCGCUUAGGCCUUCGAUCUUACCCCCUCGAACUCCUCGUCACGCUUCUCAUCGAUCUCGAAGAGUCUAACGUCGCGUUGAAAACAGAGGCGUUGAACGACGUGAAAGAGCAUCUAAACGCUUGCCUUGUACAUCAAGAAACCUCUGAUCGCGAGUUUAAGCUCCUCUCGAGAAUCGUAUCUCGCGUCUCCGUUGAUUUCUUCAUCGAAUCCAUCCCGUGGGAGGAGCUCUCUUCCUUCAUCGUCUCUUUAAACGACAAGAAAAUGCUGCUGAUGUUCGGGGAGUUACCGACUGUUCUUGACGAAGGUUUCUUGAAGCCGUUGCUGGAGAACGGUCUCCCGUUCAAGAUCCUUAAAGGCUUGUUUCAUCAAGAUCGUGAUGAUGAAUGGUGUUUAGCGUUGGAAGCUGGGUUCAAUCUGAUGCUGCAGCUGAUAAACCUGGAGAGGAAAGAUUUGGUUUGGGAUUCGGUUUACGCGAUUGUGAGUUCGGUUUGGGAGAUGGUUAACGUGCGGAAACGAGAUAUGGUUGUGCGUAAAGGGCUGUUGAGGUUAGUGAGGAAAGUGCGCAGCGAAGCUUUGAGGUUUCGUGGGCGUGAGUAUGAGUUUGUGUUGCGUUUGGCUUUGAUGAUUAAGAGAAUCGAUGGACUUGGAGAUGAUACGAAGGUUGCUGCGAAGAUGAUCCAUGAUGUUCUUGAUAGGUAUUACAUGGGAGGUACAGGAUUGGAUUCGGGUUUCGUCCAGGGCCUAAUUGGUAGUUACUCUGCUUAAACCGAUUCUAGGAUUUAGGGUUUAUGCAUUUUUUUUUUGUAAUUGGUUUUAGCUAUUGAGAAGUCAAUAAAAAUUAGGUUGGUUUCUUUGAG